ACUACCAGUUCUGAUUUCCUCUCAAGCUGCAUAUCCAAACAAUCAAAGCUGUCUCAAGAAGACAAAGAAAUGACAAAGCAGAUGUUUGAUAAAUUGGAUAAGAGCAAGAUGUGGAAGUUGUCUACUGGAACUGUGUUAGAAGAGAAGAUGAGAGAAUUUGCUCUCAACUGUUUAUAUGAACAGUAA